AUGGCAGGAAAUCAACCCCGACAGCUCACCAAACCAUAUCCGGAGCCUGGCGCACCAUGCCACCAUGGAGAUAUUACGAACCAUACAAUUGGACAAUACUGCGUCAUCUGCACGAGGAUGAAGAUGCCUUGGGGCGGGUUUCUACCAGUUGCUCGAUAUCAAGGUUUGCCUGUGUCUAUAGGACGAACAGGCACGAUCCUGCAAGCAGUCCAAGUUGAUAAUCCUCGCGAGAUAGGUUUAGUGGCCAUGGCCACAUGGGCAAUCGUAACCAACCAAUGGCAUAAUGCCGUUCAGAUGAACGCUAGUAUUGAGCGGGGACGUAUACAAGCUGCGGCCCAUGCCAUCACAGAUAUCGCUUAUUUGGUUGCGCAAAAACAUGGAUUUGCGGAGGUGAAGUGGUGGGAUGUACUCCACGAGGCUCUUAAAAAUCCAGAGUUGACAGUGGCCGCCUAUAAAACACGUAUUCGUGGGCCUGCGGCAGUUUCCACAAACUCCAAGAUAAAAUCAGAAAGCAGCAGGGCAGUCAUUGUAGCCGAAGCAGACGAGGGUGAAGAACAAGAGGAUGAGGAUCUUGGUUAUGAUGAUACUGACAAGAUUCCCGAUGGCGAGAAGCUCUUAUUCUUUAGUCGUGAUGGAGUCGACGUAGACGAUGAAUUUGAUGCUAUGGAUUCGAAAACAGAACGGAAGAUAUCGCCUUGGCAAUUUGCUCACGGACAAGAUUUGGAUCCUGCUUAUUGGGCUACCCCGGAUACUUCCAAGUUCUUCAUGGUCCGUCAGCUUCGACAUAAUCCAAACAAGAUCAACGUCAGAGAAUAUCCCCAUAUCGCUGGUUUUGACUGGAAUGAUAAAGAGGCCGUUCAGGCUUUGAACAGGGGUCGAAAUCAAAUCAUUCUUCGAACUAUCGGUCCAAAAGCACCACCUAGAUUGCCUUGGUCGCAAAAGGAGAGGGAUCUCUUGCGACACCAAGUAAUCUUAGGGCUCAAUCAUGGCUACACAAAGAACAAUAUGCCCUGGGAGCAGGUUGCCCACAACAUCAACGUUGAUUUGGAAAAGGUCACCCAACGAAAAGGCUCCCUCCUCGCCAGACCAAGCAAAUGGAACACCCGGACAAAUCAAGAAGAUUUCUACAUGAAGAGAUACCUCACCAUGCAAAAGAGCCGCACUGGUUCUGAUCGCAAUGCAACCGGUUGCAUGAACCAAUCUACCAAGUUUGGCGACAUCGACGCGCUGCUUCGUAACAGUGUAGAACAUUCCAGCAGGCGCAAGCCUCUCAACGAUAUGAUCAAACUCGUUAGUGAGAAUCAGCAUGUUCCUGCCGUUCCUCAUGUUUGUGCCGCUCCUUCUGCCACACAAGGUGGUAAAAUUCAGAUGAAAGAUGGGGAAGGAUCUUCGGGCGAUGAACCUUCUUCUGCACAAAGCGAUAGGAUUCAGAACAAUGGUGCCGAUACAUCCUCGGACGAUGAGCCGCUUAUGAAGCGUAGACAAUCAUAUCAUACUGCCAAUAAGUCUUCAGGCAAUGAACCACCUUUCACGAAGCGCAGAAAGUCAGACAUGGUCAAUAAGCUCAAAAAAUAA